GGAAAAGCCUCUCACACAUAACCUGGGUCCUAAGGGAGCAGGUGUAGACUUUGCCAAAACUAGAUGGCGGUGAUGUGCCACUGUCCGUCUAAGAAGAUGAUGGCAGCAGUGCAGUAAUUCUUACUAAAUUAGGAGAUAUCCGCAACAAAGUUCAAUAGCAGUCCCCGCGAGAAUUGAGGCCACGAUCAAAACGUAUAAAAGGAAGCCAUCAUCGCUUGACGCCCAAGUAUUAUCAACUAUCUAUCAUCCAUAAUGUCAUACAACAGAGAAGCUUACGAACAAGUCCAUGCCGUUGAACAGCCCACCGAGGAGCACAAGGCUACCUGGUCCCACGAGUUGAUUGGUGGUGCCGCUGCUUUCGAGGCCAUGCGUCUUUACGAACAGAAGGCCGCUAAGGAGGGAAAGCAAGACGACCACGCUUUCGCCAAGGAGAUUUUGGCUGGUAUUGCUGGUGCCUCCGUUGACGGUCUCAUCGAGUCUAAGGGUCUUAACUUCAUUGAUCGCGAGAAGGCCAAGCGUCACGCUACCCAGGAAGCCGAGAAGUUGUACAAAGAGCGCACUGGAUACACUGGCGGUUUCUAAGUAACCCAUCUUUAGCUGUACAUUAUUUUUUCCCAAGUACACCGCCCUUUGCAAAAAUAAAAUUCUUGAAAUGAAACAUCUACAGUGAAUUGUAA